AGGAGGAGGAAGGAGAGAAGCUAAUCACAGAUAAAUGACAGGCGGAGAGAAAGGGGGAGAGCAAUGACAGUGAGGGAGAGGGGCAGAUCAGAGAGAGCAGUGACAGGGGUAGGAGUUGGGGUAAGAGAGGCAGGACACAUGGCAGUGACACUGUGUGGGGAGCACAGAUUGGGGCUGAUUCGGGAGCCCAGCAUGUACCACACCGGAGGGGGCAAUGCACGGGAAGCGUAACACACGCCCUGCACCGGAGACACACUCCCCGCUGCUCUACGAGGAUAGCCGUGAACUGCACAGCCCCGGAGACUGCACUACCCCCGCCAGGCAGGACGGCCCGUGCGCUCGGGGGAUACGGACGGCAGCAUCUGAUUUCUUUGAUCACUCGCUGUCCCGGAAUCCGGUGCUUUCUUCUAUUCUCUGUUGUGGAUUUCAAAUGAUUUCAGUUGAAAGAGGCGAUACAUUCCGUACAGCGGAGGCUGCACCGCAGGGGGCUGUAAUCCGGAUUGACGAUACAAUCUGCUUUUCCGUUCAGCGCUAUUCGCCGUUCUGCGGGCGGUGUUUGGGACUGUUCCGCGAACUCUGCCGUUACUUUGUAUCUCUCUCUAUUCCCGGAGGCUGCAUACUGGGUGUCAUUUACGCCGCUCCGGAGGAUGUCACCCCGCACACCGGUAUUAGGGAGGCAGUGCUAGUUACCUGUCCUCCAUUUGUAUAUAUUGUGUCCCGCAGUGAGAGGAGGGAAUGAAGACCACUAGAGGGAGGCUGCAGAGGGCAGGUAAUGAAGAACCGAUCGGAGAAAUUGCUAAAAGAAAAGAAUUUCCCAGCUGGGUGGAGGGGGUCCCAGAAGAAGCUUUUGCAGCGGGGGCUUCAAGGAGACUAUUGAGGCUUCGAAUGGUAGAAGAGGCAAACUGAGCAAGUGAAAGCUGCAGGAUAAGAGAGCUGGCAAAAAAAGAAGGGAGCCAUUAGGAGGGACUGGGAUCUGCUGAAUGUGCAUAAAGUACUGGAGGAGACAGCAGGGGAGAGAGAGAGGCAGAGGAGAGACGGCUAUGGGCAGGGAGGUAGCAGAUCAGAUGGAGGGUUUGGGGCACAAUGAAUACUGAUGAGGUGUGGAGGGGUCAUCAGGGCAGAUAUGAUGCUGUGGCAGAGUGGAGGCUGGCAGGAGGAGAAUAUGGAGGCUGCCGGUGAUUUGAUUGGCGGCAAGACUGAGGAAGAAGAGACCGCUGAAGAAUGGAGGGAGGCAAUACUGGAAAGGAGUUGUGGAAGAGAGAGGAGAGACUACAGGAGAAGCUCAUCACGUGUGCCCGGGGGCGGGGACCUGGCAAGGGCUUUUUUACUAGUAUUUACUACAAGCGAUCCCCCUAUUAGCUCAGAACCCCGGCUGUCAGCCUGUCCAUGCCAUGCCGAAUUAACCCGCGGCCCUAGACCCCCGCCCAGUAUGGCAGAUCCUCUCGGGGACCUGAUGUCAGCGGCCGCUGCCCGGGGGGAUGUGGAUCAGCUAGUGGACCUGCUGCGGAGGGCGCCGGACGUAGAUGCGCCCAAUAGAUUCGGGAGGACAGCUCUGCAGGUGAUGAGGCUGGGGAAUCCGGCCAUAGCCAGGCUCCUGCUCCGGAGAGGCGCUAACCCCAAUCUGAGGGAUAGCACCGGCUUCUCUGUGCUCCAUGAUGCGGCCAGGGCCGGCUUCCAGGACACCGUGCAGACGCUCCUAGACUUCCAGGCGAAUGUCAACAUCCAGGACAACGAAGGGAACCUCCCCCUGCACCUGGCAGCCAAGGAAGGUCACCUCCCAGUGGUCAAGUUCCUGGUCCUCCACACAGACACCCAGGUGGACCAUAGGAACAGGCAUGGAGACACCCCGAGUGACAUGGCCAGACUGUACAACAGACAGGAGGUUCUGCAGUGGAUGGAGGCCAAUGCCAGGGGACAGGCUGCACAGCCGGAAUGAGACGCUACAAAGAGCCACUAUCCCCUGUGACUAUGAACAAAACACAUCCUCAUUACCACCACAGAGGGCUUGGAGGAACAUGCUGGCCCUCUGGAAGGGAAGUGGUUAAAAAAAAAUUCUUUUUUUCCCCUCUUUUCACUGAACUUUCACAGUGUCGUCAUCUAGACUAUUUUUUCUUUUUUUUAUUUCGAUAUAACUGUGAUCUUCGAAGGGGUGGGGUGGGUGGCAGCUAAUUGUAGCACUUCUUACAAAGAAGCCAGUCAGGGGGGUGAUUGACUGGAUGCAGCACUAUGAUGGGAGGGCUGGGGUGUGAAAUGUAGGAAUUUAUUUGUGUUUUGUAUUUUAUAAACAGCAUAUUACCUCCUGUAAUCUAUCCAGUCUUAACCCUAUGAGUGCUGACGCUCCGAUAGCCCAUCUGAUCCUCAAUGUAUGGGUCGAAUUAGCUUUAAAAAAAAAACCCUGAUCCCCAUUCUACCAAGAUUUUGUUGCUGGGAUGAAAAUGUCACCUGGCAGGGUAAUACACCAGCCUCAGUAACACUGAUUCUAUGCUGUGAACCGUGGGGUACUAGUAUCAAUAUCAGUAUUAUUGAAGCAAUUUUAUCUUUUUUUUUUUAAUUCAGAUUCUCUUUAACUCCUUCAGUGCCACAAAAUGUAAAAAUAAUAUCAAUACUUAGCAAUGCCUUGGCAGUUAUCCAUUAUCGGUGAAGUGUGUUGCUGUUCCUUUGAUGUAAUUUCCCUUUUAAAUUGCAUGCAUGUAGGACACACAGUGAUUGAGAGAUUUUUCACUGUACAGAAGAAAAUAGGGCUUAUUCUAGUAAAUUCUGCAAUCUGUAAAUGGUUACUAUUUUGUUUCAUUGUGCAAAAUCUAGUAAACAAAAAUCAAGAAAAGACACAA